GUAGCCACGUUCGGUUGAGCUCGGAGUAGCCGUGGUGGUAGCGGCACUUGGCAGCAGGGGAAGGAGCUGGGGCAGGAGCGGUUCCAGGGUGAUGGGGUCCAGGCCGGGGCUGAGGCUUUGACAGCUGGAGCCGGAGUGAGCGAGCGGGGAGGCAGCCAAGGCCGGGGCGAGCCACAGCGAGGGGAGCGGCGCUGGGAGACCGAGCGGCACCGAAGAGACCCAGGCAGCGGUAGCAGAGCCAGUGGCGGCUUCGCCUCCUCACUGCGGACCAUGUUCGCCAAAGGCAAAGGCUCGGCGGUGCCCUCGGACGGGCAGGCUCGAGAAAAGUUAGCUUUAUACGUCUACGAAUAUUUGCUGCAUGUAGGAGCGCAGAAAUCAGCACAGACCUUUUUAUCAGAGAUCCGAUGGGAAAAAAAUAUCACACUAGGAGAGCCUCCUGGGUUUCUACAUUCAUGGUGGUGCGUAUUUUGGGACCUUUACUGUGCAGCUCCUGAAAGGCGAGAUACUUGUGAACAUUCAAGUGAAGCAAAAGCCUUUCAUGAUUACAGCGCAGCUGCAGCCCCAAGUCCAGUACUAGGAAACAUUCCUCCUAAUGAUGGAAUGCCAGGCGGUCCCAUCCCUCCAGGCUUCUUUCAGGGACCACCUGGUUCUCAGCCCUCGCCACACGCACAGCCUCCACCUCACAAUCCUAACAGCAUGAUGGGACCCCACAGUCAGCCUUUUAUGUCACCGCGAUAUGCAGGAGGUCCCCGGCCCCCCAUCAGAAUGGGAAACCAGCCUCCAGGGGCUGUUCCUGGUACGCAGCCACUGCUGCCCAAUUCAAUGGACCCUACACGACAACAAGGGCACCCUAACAUGGGAGGACCAAUGCAAAGGAUGAAUCCUCCACGAGGGAUGGGCCCCAUGGGUCCUGGUCCGCAGACUGAUCCUUGGUUAUCAUUGCAGAACUAUGGCGGCGGAAUGAGACCUCCACCCAACUCUUUAGGCCCCGGCAUGCCUGGAAUUAACAUGGGCCCAGGAGCUGGUAGACCAUGGCCUAAUCCCAGCAGUGCUAAUUCAAUUCCAUAUUCCUCUUCAUCGCCUGGUACAUACGUGGGGCCCCCUGGUGGUGGAGGUCCUCCAGGAACACCUAUCAUGCCUAGUCCUGCAGAUUCAACCAAUUCAAGUGACAACAUCUACACAAUGAUUAAUCCAGUACCGCCUGGAGGCAGUCGAUCGAAUUUCCCAAUGGGGCCCGGUUCUGACGGCCCAAUGGGAGGCAUGGGAGGUAUGGAACCACAUCACAUGAAUGGAUCGUUAGGGUCAGGCGACAUAGAUGGACUUCCAAAAAAUUCUCCAAACAACAUAAGUGGCAUUAGCAACCCCCCGGGCACUCCAAGAGAUGAUGGUGAACUGGGAGGUAACUUCCUCCAUUCCUUCCAAAAUGACAAUUAUUCCCCCAGCAUGACGAUGAGUGUGUGAUUUCCCUCCCCCUUCCUCCUCUCCAGGAUAAAGAGAGUCAGCUGCCAUUUGGAGGAUCUAAAAGAAAUUAUGCAAGAAGAAGCUAGGUGUAUUGGCAGAGAGACGCGAGGGGGCCAAACCCCAGUUUUAGUUUCAUGCAAUAAAAAGGCUGAACUUUUUAUUCCAUAAAACAUGAAGGACAAAACUUAAAAUAUUUCAAGACGUGACAAGAUCCUUCUUGUGCGGAAGGAUUUAUAUAUGUACAUGACACUUUUUUUUUUUUUUUUUUUUUUUUUUUUUUUUUGGAAACAAAUGGAAGCCUCCAGUACCCAACUCCAACCUCUUUGCUUUGUUCUUUUAAACCUGUUGUAUGUUUGUGCUGUGCUACACCAGGAAGCUAGUCUAGAUAUGAAAUCUCAUGUUGUCCCUGUUGUAGUCCUAUUUUUUUAAAAUAAACUGGACAGUUUACAAUUGGUGGUUUUUGUUUGGAAGGCCUGUUUUGUUUUUCUUUUCUUGUUUGCAGCACAACACCACCUCCUCCUCCAGAAGAGACUCCUCCACCUCAUAGAAAGUUGUUAAUGCAGUUGGCCCCUCAUAGGAUCACAUCCUCAAGAAUUAAUUGUGAUCUUACUAUCUGUGACCGUGGCAUGCACUGUAUUAGUCUUUUUUUCCCCCUCUCAGAAUACAAGGAGAGUUCAGUACUUCCCCCUGCGAGAAUCCUUGAGCUAUUUUUCCCCCCACCACCAAAAAAAGAGAGAAAGAAAGGGUUAAUCUGACCUGGGAUUUUGUAACUGUGAUCUCAAGCUAACAUCUUUGUUGAUUUUUGGUUUUGUAUUUUUUUUUUUAAAGAUGUGAUCUUAUCAGGGUUUCGCU